AGCAAAUAAGUGGUUUCAAAGUAUUAUUAAAGAAUAUAAAUUGAAUGAAAUACCUUAUGAUGGUUUGAAGAGGAAGAAAAGAUUAGGACGUGGAGGUUUUGGAGCAGUAUAUUUAGCAAAAUCUAGUUCAUUAGGUUAUGUAGCCAUUAAAGAAGUAGAAUCAGAUACAGAUGAAAAGGCUCAAAAACUGUUUAUUAAUGAGUUAAAACAACUCAGUAGAUCUAGCCACAUGCGAAUUAUUAAAUUUUAUGGAAUUAGUUUUAGUUAUGAUGCAUCUCUUCCAUUAAAAAUUAUUCAAGGCUUACGUGAAGAACCAAUCCCAGGAACACCUGUACUAUACAAUAAUAUUUAUUCGAAAUGUUGGGAUUAUGAACCAAAUAAGCGACCCUCAAUGUCCGAAAUUUUUCAACAAUUGAAUUUUUUAAAUAUGAUCCCUAAUUAUAAUGGUACAGUUUAUAUUUUCUUUGAUUUUUAA